AUGCGGGCGAGAAACACAACGUUCCUCACACUCUUCCCCCUUUUUCUCAGUUUACUUCGGCUCCAUUCAGUUCCCGGUUUAGAAGCAGUAGCCGGAAAAUCGGGUUCAAUUCCGGGAUUAUAUGUUUUCGGAGAUUCGUUGGUUGAUGCCGGAAACAAUAAUUACUUACCAAUUUCCUUAGCCAAAAGUAAUUUUCCACCUCACGGCAUCGACUUUCCUAAGAAGCAAUCCACCGGAAGAUUCUGUAACGGCAAGAACGCCGCUGAUAUUAUCGCUGAAAACUUUGGUUUACCCUUACCGCCGCCCUUCCUCUCACUAAGAGGCUUACUAAAAUGGAAAAAGAGAGAAUCCGCCGCUUUGACAGGUGUUAAUUUUGCCUCCGCCGGUGCCGGAAUCUUUUAUAGCACCGUUCAAUUUCCUAAAAUUCACGAAACUGGAGCUAGUAAAUUUUUAAUAAUCGGGGCAGCACAAAUCGGUUGCGCGCCGAAGAAAAGAGAGAAGAACUCGACGAUCCAUGAAUGCAAUAAAGAUGCAAACAUGUUGGCAUCUUUAUACAACGAAGCACUAGUAAAGAUGCUUCAACAACUCAAAGAAGAGUUACGAAGCUCCAUGACUUACUCUUACUUUGAUAUGUUUAAGUCCAUACAUGACAUUAUCUCCAAUCCUGGCCGUUACGGUUUUUCUGACGUGACAUCAGCAUGUUGUGGAUUCGGAAAAUUAAACGCGGAGCUUCUUUGUCUUCCUUUCGCAAAUGUAUGUCCGGAUAGGACCAAAUAUCUCUUUUGGGAUCUCUUUGGUCAUCCCACAGAAGCUGCUGCUCGGACAGUCGUCGAUCUUAUGCUCACUGGUGGUUCACAAUACUCGUCUCCUUUAACUGUCACUCAAUUGGUCUCUUCAUGA